AUGGCUGCGCGGCUAGGUCUAAUAGUGCUCAACACGGGAAAUGCAACCACGUUCAGAAGACCGGGAUGCGAGAAAACCACACCAGACAUCACCCUAUCAACAGAACGCAUGGCAGGCUCAAUAAAUAAUUGGAAAGUCCUGGAGGACUACACUGGCAGUGAUCAUCACUACAUCUCUUUCAUGAUCGACACUGGAAGAAACGCUCACCAGCUCAGCAAAUAUAGUGGAACACGAAAGUGGAACAUUUCGAAGCUAGACACAUCGAAAUUAAUCGCCGCAAUGGACGAGCAGCACCCAUCUAGCGGCCCCUCCCUUAUAGCAAGAAAAACAGUCGAGCACACAAUGCGUAAUAUAACCAAAGCCUGCCAAAAAUCAAUGCCCAAGGCUACCCACAGCAAACGUAAAGCAGCAGUUUACUGGUGGACUGAAAACAUCGCCGAACUCAGACGCACGUGCCUCCGCCUUCGCAGAUCUUACACGAGAUCCAGGCGCAGAGGAGCCGCACCCCAAGAAGCCGAGCAAUACAAAGCAGCAAAAAAGGAGCUGAAGCACGCCAUCGACGACAGUAAAAAGAAAAAAUGGGAGGAACUACGGGAGGAUAUAAACAGAAACCCCUGGGGGCUAGGGUACAAAAUUGUGAUGAAAAAACUCGGCGCUCGAGCAAAGCCACCUGACGUAACCGCUGCCAAAAUGGAACACAUCGUGAACGCACUAUUCCCCACACACGAAACAAGAGCCAGUGAUCCAGAACAAACUCUAAGCACUGCGGAAAUCCCUCAGUUCACCCUUGAAGAGCUGCAAGUUAGCCACCGGCAAGCUCAAGGCGAACAAAUCACCCGGCCCGGACGGGAUCCCAGCAGAAGUCCUCAAAAUAAUCGCUGCAGAACGCCCAGGAGUACUACUGAAUAUGUACAACGCCUGCCUUGA